AUGGGUUGUUGUAAAAGUAAGCAAAAACCUAAAUGUAAUUGUAAAUAUAAUGAUUCAUGUUUUCAUAAACCUAUAAUUGUCAAUACACAAUAUGGUGUUAUUUCAGGUUUUCAAUAUAAAGAUAUUUCUUGUGUUGUUAACGUAUUUUUGGGAAUACCAUUUGCAGCACCUCCUAUUAAUGAUUUACGAUUUAAAAAACCAGAAAAACCCCAAAAAUGGAUUGGAAUUUAUGAGGCAACAAAAUAUAAAGCUCAAUCCAUUCAAAAGCCAGAUAUAAUUACUAAUCUGAUAGUUCGUGUUCCUAUAAAAGAAGAUUGUUUAUACUUAAAUAUUGUAACUCCUCAAUUUAAUACUAUUACUCAUACAAAAUAUCCCGUAAUUGUUUACAUACAUGGGGGUUCAUUUUGUAAUGACUCAGCAGCUCGUUAUCAUUAUUCCAAAUGUGCAUCAUAUUUAGUAAAACAUUCCGUUAUCGUUGUAACUAUUCAAUAUCGUUUGGGAUUUUUAGGAUAUUUUUAUACCGGUGAUGAUACCUGUCAAACUAACAAUGGUUUAUGGGAUCAAUAUUUUGCCUUAAAAUGGGUAAAAGAAAAUAUAGCUACAUUUUAUGGAGAUCCUAAUAAUAUUACUGUUGUUGGGCAAUCUGCAGGUGGUGCUAGUGUUGAUCUUCUUUCAUUGUCACCUAUAUCAAAAGAAACUUUUCACAAAUGUAUAAUUUUAGGUGGAAAUGCAGAUGCUUUGUGGGCUAUAGCAGAUAAACAAAGUUUACUAGAAUUAUGUAGAGAAAAGGCACUUGAUUUGGGAUUUAUAAGAAAAGACAAAAAUGCUGAAGAUCAAUGGACAAGAGAAGAUAAUGUUGAAAUGAUGAAAUUUUUAAAAAAUGUACCUGCAAAAUUAUUUGCUCAUACAAAAGCUUCUUUAUUACCAGAAAAAUUUUAUGAAUCAAUACUUGACAUUGCACCAGUAGUUGAUGGUGAAAUUUUACCAAAAAUGCCUUAUUUAUUAAGAAAAGAAUCAAAACCAAAACCAACGAUUUUAGGUAUAUGUAAAUAUGAAGGUUUAAUUUUUGCAGCACUUACUAAAAAUAAAAAUCCAGAAAGUUUACUUGAAUCUUUAGUCACAGGUCAACAAAUAAGAUUUAAAAAAUGCGGCCUUGAUUUAACUACUGGUGAAAUUGAAAAUAUGCUAGGAUAUGAUGAAACACAAAAGUUACUAAUUGAACCAAAAUUGUUUAUGAAAAAUGUAGUUAAGACAUUUGGAGAUCUGGGAAUUAAUAUAUCAGUAAUAGAUUUUAUUUUAAAUCGCUGGAAACAACAAUCUGAAUUAAAAACAUUUAUUGAAGAAGGAAAUUGUUUAUCUAAAAUUCCAUCUACGACAUCUAUUACACCAACUUUUGAAAUAGGAAAUUUUUAUACUAAAACGAGGAAAAAGUCUAAAUCUUCUCAAAAGAAAAAAGGAAAGUUGAAUUUAAUCAAUAAGAAAUUUAAAAAUUUUAAGAAUCGUUUAAAUAGGAAACCAUUAACAGAUGCCCCUUUAUAUCUAUUUCGUUUUGAUCAUUUUAAUCGCAAAAACUUUAGAGCAAUAUCAGCUUUUUUUCCUUUUAUUGGUGCAACACAUUGUACUGAACUAAACUACAUAUUGGGUGUUAAUCAAUAUUUUGUUCCUUUUACGAAAACAAAAGCUGAUAUUAAAGUAUCUUUUUAUAUAACUUCAGCUAUGACAAACUUCGCAAAAUAUGGUAAUCCAAACGGAAUUAAUAAUGAAGGUAUUUGUAAUACUAUUUGGGAUCCAGUUAAGAUGGAACCUACUAAAUUUAAUUUUAACUUCCUUAAAGUCACAAAAGAUAUGCAUAUGAAUCAACGUUAUGGAAAUGACAGAUUACUUCAUCUUGCAAAAUUUUAUCGUUAUCUUAAAAUUAAAGAAACAAUAAUGGAAGAAGAAAGUGAAAAACAACUGUGUCAAACGAUCAAUAAAAAUGAAAUAGAAUCUGUUUUAAGUGAUGUAAUAGAUGAUUCAGUAUCAACAUUUUUAACUGAUAAAUUAGAAGUAAAUUCAAGUAAAUUAGAUCGUUUAUCUCGACAACCAUCACCAAGUAAUAAUACUACAACGGCUUAA